AAAAACAAAAAGUAAAAAUAAACACAGAGCUCACGACGGACUUCAUCAAUGGCAAACAUCUUCCUCAUCAACAGUAGAUCAAGAAGAACAAGAAGGUCAAAGAACCCUAAAGUAAAGAGAUCAAAUUCCAACUCCAAUUCAGACAAUAACUUCUCAUGCAAGAAGCACACGAAACACAGACAGUCUCCUGGAAUAUGUUCGCUCUGUCUCACCGAGAGGCUCUCUAAGCUAUCUUUAGAGUACUACGAUUAUACUAAAAACGUAGCUCAAACGGCGUCGUCUUAUUGCUCAUCAUCAUCUUGUUCUACCACGUCGGUCUCGUCUUGUUACUCCUCUUCUUCGGUCUCUUCUUGUUCGUCUCCUUUGCAAUAUCGGUAUAGAGAAAAGAAGAAGGAUGGGAAGAAACAAAGCUUGUUCAGACUAUUGCUCGGAUCCAUCGUAGACUAGUUCUUUAAAUUAUUUACAAUAAUUUUUUUUAUUUAUACCACUAAUAUAAUGCCUUUUAUAUGUUCAUUUUUGGUCACUCGGGAAAUGCAGAGAACCAGCAAAAAAAUGCUUAAGAUUUUUAUA